AUAGAUGUCAGUAAUUUAUGUGCUGUCAUCAUUUUCAGUCAAAUUUGAAGAAACAUUAAAAUUCAUUCGGCUUCUAGAAAAAUUCUAUAAUAUACAGUACAGCUUUCAGAAAAAAGAAAGGACCAAUUUCGAAAACUAAACAAAAACCAAUUAUUUUAAAUUCUGGUUGAAUUGAAUAAUAAACAAUUUCACAUUAAAAAAAGUAAAUCGACUGAGACCGAGGUAACAUACACAUCAGUCAAAUAAAAACCACGUAAGAGGUUUUGAACAUUGGAGUAAACGCAAGGGAGUAGAAUUUCACAAUGACAGAUCCAGCGGAUUGGUUUAAAAAUAUGCCAAUUUUUACAAAAUAUUGGCUAACGCUAACAGUUGUCAUAAGUGUGCUGGCGCGAUUUGGAAUUUUGCCUGGUUAUUUGCUGUAUUUAGCACCCGAAUUAAUAUUUCAGAAAUUUCAAUUAUGGCGUUUACUUACUUGUGUAUUUUUCUAUCCAAUGGGAUACCAAUUCUUGUUGAACUGUUACUUCCUGUACAGCUACUCAUUACGAUUGGAAAAUGAACAAUUCAAAUCCACUCCGGGAGACUAUUUUUACCUGCUAUUCAUAAACUGGGCAUGUUGUGUGAUUGUCGGACUUCUGUUCAAGUUGCCGCUUUUGAUGGACCCGUUGAUUUUGGCCGUGGUUUAUGUCUGGUGUCAAUUUAACAAAGAUGUAAUUGUUCGCUUCUGGUUCGGUACACAAUUCAAAGCGAUGUACUUCCCUUGGGUACUUUUGGCAUUGAAUGUGGUUUUGUCAAGUGGAAUCGAUUCAUUGGUCGGAAUUUUCGUCGGUCAUCUAUACUAUUUCCUGAAAAUCAAAUAUCCACAAGAGUUAGGCGGCAUGUCAUAUCUAGACACACCUUCGUUUAUCAAAUCCUAUUUCCCUGACGUACGUGGUGGUGUGCAUGGUUUCGGUUUUGCACCACAAAAUCAACGCAGAGAUCAACCGGCUGCCGGUCAACAAAAUAGAUUCUUUAGCGAUUCAUGGGGUCGGGGUCGACCUCUUGGCCGCGAUUAAACAAAAUUAUUUUUUCUUAUAUUAAAAACAACAUUAAAUGAAAUUUUAUUUUCGUUCCCAUUUUUAAUGUAAUGUUAUUAUAAAACCAACUAAAUGUACUAAAAAUGUGAAAAAUCUAAAUUGACAAAUCAUUUGAUUUGAUGAUCAUCAAAUCAUGAUUGUGAUUUUUAUUUCGUUCACAAACUAAAUUUGAAGAGAUUACUUAUCAGCAAUGGAAUAUUUUUGUAUAGAGUCACCAAAUUUGAGUUAAUUCACUUCUUGCAGCCUUUUAUUUUCACUCAAGAAACAUUUUGAAGGGUAAUCAUUUUGGAUGUAAACAAUUGUCUAUUUCACAAAAAUAGACGCUGUUGCAAUAAAAUAACCACAACUUACGAAA